AUGGAGAAGCUGUCAGUCUUGUGGGUCGGUAGACUUUGUGUCUACUAUGCUCUCUUGAAGGCUGGCUUAGCUGGAUCUCAAGAUAACCCUUUUGUUUUGGUAGGUUGGAUCAUUCUUCAAAGUGGUGGUGUUACUGUCAGUGAAUCUGGUGAUUUGGUCUCUAAGUGGUUAGAGAACAUACAAGGCAAACCAGACAAGGAAGCAGCUGACAAAAGGAAAUUGGUGAGUAAAUGGCAUCCUACAACAAAGGGUACAUUAAGAAGGAACUACAGGGUGCCUUCCAAAUCUGAGGGACGCCGCCUUCUCAAAGCUAUUGCAUCCUUACUAUCCGAUGAUGAUCACUUCACAGAAAGCACUUCUCACAAAGGUUGUCAAAUUCGGAGGGAGAGUGCUCACGGUGAAAGCUUGUGCUGCCACAAUGUGAGGGCUCUUUUUGAUGAACUCCCAACUCCUCAUCUUAUUGUUGAAAUUACAGCAUUUCCAGCUGGACCUCUCACAGAAAGGGAUUACGUCAAGGCUGAGAAACUAGAAACGGUGCUCAGGUCUGGUCCUUCGAUUUGAAUCAUCUGAAAAUCUAAUGGUCAACUUUUGUAUGUAUCCAAUGCACUUGUACAGAUUAGAAUCAGAGACAGAAACUUCUUAUGUUGUUCUCUUGCUUCGACAAUUCAGCUUCAUUCUUACUGGGGUAUUUUUUCCUUGUCUGUUUGAUGUGAGUGUGUGAUAUGGUUAAAACUCAACACAUGUUUGAGAAUGUUUGAUUUGGGAAAAGCCCCAAGCUUGAGGAAAAAUAAAGAUGGAAUGGACUGAAUACAACAUCAUUGAUUGAAAAA